UCCAAAAUGGCGGCCCCCGGUAAGCGCUCUUUUUACGUAGUGGAGGGGAUUUGUCCGUAACUGGUGUCAAUUUUAGGCCGAAAUUGUAAAAGACUAGCUUGUAUUUUAUGAAUAAGGAUUAUGUUUUUUAUUACACCAAAUUAAGUGUCCCGCGAAACCGCAAGCAGUCAAAUAAUUAUUUAGAUUCGGAAUAAGGACGGCAACCCAUCCUGUCUUCCACUCCACUGCAGAUCCUGUUAUAUCUGAAUGGCUGGUAUUUUGCUGCUUUCUUCAUCGCGGAGAUUCUUAUGUUUGUAUACAAAGGAGUGUUACUCCCAUACCCUCAAGCAAAUCUGAUAUUGGAUAUUGUUCUGCUGAUCCUCUUCUUGGGCCUUGAAACCCUCAGACUCUUCUAUGGCUAUAAAGGAAACCUUUGUCAGCACUCUCUUGCACUGUGUGUCAGUGUUGGUGUUCUGGUGCCCUGUGCUGUGCUGAGUGUCUACUAUCUGCUACUCCAGACCUUUGUUUUGCGGCUUGAGUUUGUACUCAAUGCUGUGUUGCUCUGCUUUUACAGCAUAGAGCUGGUUCUGGGGCUGAUGACUGUCUCUGUUUUUUCAAGGGCCAGCAUUUAUUGAGUCCAUCUGUGAAGCUAUGACAAGCUUUCCUUGAUGUCAAGAUAAAAACACCACAAACAAGAUUUGCUUCUUUUUGUAAUACAUAAUGUACAGUGUUUAUUGUUGUUAAUAUUUUUUCUUUAAAUAAACUUUUCAUUUGUAUUUGUUAACAAAUAUGUAAAACACUUGUUUUAUGUAGUUCUUAAAAUGUGAUGAAAGAUAAGUUCAUUUAGCACUAAGAUGUACAUUUGUUAAAGGAAUA